UGAUAUUAAUUUCCACUUUUCCAUUUAGCGUUUCUAUGACGCUAAAUGGAGGCAUAUAUUAAACACGAACACAACCCGCGAAUUUCAGAAACUGGAGCCUCUUUCAUUUGCGCUUAUCACAGGUUCUUUUUUAGUCGGCAAAGAAUGACUACUGAUUUUUAUUCGGAGCGCCCGCUGUUCGGUGGCGCAAUAUCUAGUACAUUCCCUAAUAGAUUCCAGGACGUGAGCAAUGUUCGGCAGGUCCCUGAUCAUCAGGAGGCGUAUGUGGACCCUACCCGGGACGAGAGCCUGAUCUUUGAGUUCUUAGAGUUCAAGCAUGAUGUUGGAGACGAUGGGAGUGCUGUCUGGUUUCUUCAAGACCUUGCCAACGAACAGGAAGCUGAAGGAGACGUGGUGAUUGAGCAAUCUGGUGUGAUUGAGGCCCCUGGAUUGUGUUACAGAAACAUACCUGCUGUCGUCACAACUGCGGUUGGCCAGACGGCCAUUUCUAAGGGAAGGCAAGGAAGGGAAGCACAAAACAUUGUUAGGGUUUACUUGGCAAAUCUGCGUCUAAGGGAAGUUGAUACUGAUGUGCUAAUUUCUGCAUAUGAGCCCAUUCAUAUAAACCCUUUGAGUGAAAGUGCCAGCACAGUCGGUGCUGGUUCUGCUGUUCCUGCCACACAAACUGGAUGUAUGCCAAUGGCUGAGGUUUUUAAACUCGCAGUCUCCAGCUUCAAAGUUAAUGACUGGAGCCUUUUUGGUUCUGCCGUCUAAGAAAUCUACCGAGAAAAAAUUAUUAGGCAUCCACACUUGGAAGAUAGUUUUGGAAGAAUGUUUUGAAAGUAGUUUAUUUCUGUCGAUGGUUAAGAGCAGUAGUGCGUGCGCAGGAGGCAGAGGAGGUUCCCCAUCUGUAAUAAUUUUAUAUCGCUUUUUGUUUGAACAUAAAUGGCAGAUACCAUUUAGAGAUGGACAGUGGAAAUAUAGGAUAAUCUUCAAAAAGAGGCUUGGACUGAAAAAUUCCCACAAGCCCAUACACUGUUGUCUUUUCCACUUCUGUGAAAUGUGAAGGGGGAAUCUUUUCUUGAGUCGUUAAAA